UUUAUUCGAAGAUAAAUGGCAACAAUUGCUUUGUUAUAUGUUAUGAUUUCUUCGCGCGUGUGAAGUUGUGGAACUAUGUCAAAUUUGUCGGUUAACCAGUAUAUUAAAGAAAUAGAAGAUUCUCUACGGUCUGGUAAUGGUGAAUAUGUUGCUGAUUAUCUCUCAGUUCAACAUUCUCAUGCUGCAAGUCAAAGAAUAAUUUCGUCGAAUCCUGAACUAAGCAUUAGGCGAUUGUUUGAACCUCCAUGGGAUGAUGUUGUACUUCUCCAUAUAAGGUGUCUUCAAGAAAUGCAAAAGGAAAAUUAUGUAGAAGCAUAUAAGCAUCAAUUUACUCUUGUACAGACAUUUACCAAAAUCUUACAAAGUCAGAAGGAUGAAAACUGGGCUUUACCGAUAAUGUAUACUCUUUGUUUAGAUCUGCGAAAAAUAGCUACAAAAGCAGAUAUGCAACUAGACAGAAAAGAAAAACCUCAUGAAAUGUUAGAGAAAGGAGCAGAUCUACUUAUGGGUUUUUUUAGAAUAUGUGUUGGAGAUAAUACAAUUAUUUUCCUUUUUUCUUUUCUUAGUCGUUCAUUGCAGGAAGAUACUAAAAGAUGGGGUAUAUUAAAUUUAACAAACCAGCUUUUCAAAAUAUAUUUUAAAGUAAAUAAAUUACAUCUUUUGAAACCUCUGAUUCGUGUGAUAGAGAGUUCUAAUCUCAAGGAUAUGUAUCCUAUUGCUCAGAGAGUUACAUAUAAGUAUUUUGUUGGGCAGCAACAAAUGUUUCAGAGUAAAUUCAAGCUUGCUGAGGAAAAUCUAUCUUUUGCAUUUUUACACUGUCAUAAAGAUUCUAAAAGGAACAAAAGACUGAUUCUAAUAUUCUUAAUUACAGUUAAAAUGGUUCUAGGGAUAAUGCCAUCCAUGUACCUGUUACAGAAGUAUGGUCUGAUGCAGUUUGCUGAACUGGUGCAAGCUGUAAAAGAUGGAGAUCUUCAGAGAUUUGGAGCUGCUUUAGAAGCUUCUGAAGAUUUCUUCAUAAAAUGGGGAAUUCGUUUAGUUCUAGAGAAACUGAAAACAAUAAUCUACAGAAAUCUUUUUAAGAAAGUUUCUCUUCUGCUGCGUACUCAUAUUAUUCCUGUUAGUGCUUUCAAAGCUGCACUAAAUUUUAGGAAGGAAUAUGAAGAUGAUGAUGUUAUUGAAGAUGAGGAAGUAAUGUGUAUUCUUUCAAAUUUAAUACAUGAUAAUAAAAUGAAAGGUUACAUUUCUUAUCAGCAUUUGAAAGUGGUCCUUAGUAAGCAGAAUGCAUUUCCUCCAUUGUCAACAUCUGAAUGAGAUUGAUUAUAUUUGGCAUAUCAACCUAUUAUUGUAUAUUUGCAUCACAUUUUUGUAUCUCUUAAUUUUAACAUGAUUAUGAAGUCAUAUUGUGAAGUAUUUUAUUUUGAAAACAUUUAUUAUACUUGAAAACGGGAAAAAAUAAAGAUGUUUUGAUAAUAAAAUUAAUUCUAAAUGCCUUAUGUAAUGUUUUUGUAAAAUUAAAGCUUGUAUUUUGUUGGAAAAAUUGACAGAAAUUUGUUUGCCAUAUUGCAUUUUCUAUAAAGAACAUAAUACGUGAAAAAAAAUUGGAAGAGUGAAUUGAAAUUUGAAGUUAUACAGAUGAGAGAGAAGUUAAGUGGAGGAAAAUAACAUACUUAAAUUUUGUAUUAGGUUUUCAUAUACUAUUUGUGUUAGCAUUUCAUAUUUAUUUGAAGCUUAACAUUAUUUUGUUAGUAUUUUAUAUUUAUCUGAAAUAUAUUAAAAAAGCAUUUAAGAGCACUUUUAUAAGAUUUACAUAUUUAUUUGAAUCUCCAAGAUUAGAUAUUUAAGAACAAAUUUUCUUAUUAGAAAGAUAUAUAUAUUUUUAAAAAUUUGAAAUGCUUUCUAAUUAUGAUAAGUUGCUUUCAUAAACAGCUUAUAAUACAGUACAUAAUAAUGACACAAGUAUAAACAUACUAGAUUUAUAUAUAAUAUUUAAAUACUAUGCCUAUAAUUCCUUGUGCUGUUCCUUUUUACUGUAAUUUUGUGCUCGGUGUUUUACUGUCUUCAGUAAUUUAAGCAAAUAUCACCUGUUCCAUUUGCCUUUUAACAUAGUUAAUACAGAUGUAUAAUUUAUGUAUUUAAAUUUUUAAGUGAAUUUUUUACAGCUAUAUUACAUUUUUGCUCUUUCCCCUAAGUUAAGGCUCUGCCAUUUUGUUCUUGGAAUCAUGUUCUCUUAAAUAAAAGGCUUUAAUACUGGACUGAAAAUUCUA